AUGCACUCCCGCGUCGGCCACACACUCCGACGGCUUGGGAGGCCCCGCAUUGGGCCGUUGCCCAUUGCACCAGCAGAGCCAUCAGGCGGAGGUGGAGGAGGGGGGGCAACCCAUGCUGUACUCUGCGAGAGUCGGCGCUCGUGGUUUGCGAACCGCAAGGCAUUCCCCGCUGCCCGGCAACAGCCGCCCCAGCAGCAGCUGCACCCCGAUGACGCUGCCGUGGCGGCGCGAGGCCACGCUCUCUUCGGCGGUGGUGGCACGGACAACACCAGCGGCGGCAGCCACAUGGGUGGGGCUGUGGGUGGUGACGCGUCGGGGCUGCCGAGCGCUGCCGAGUUGGAGCGCGUGCUGCCGUCGGUGGAGCAGCUUCGGGACGAGCUCCCCUCUGCUGCUGCAGUGGAAGAGGCGAUUGAAAGAGCCGGCGGCGAAGGCGCUGCGGGGAUGUGGAAGAAGAGCAGCGAUGACGAUGGUGAUGACUGA